AUGGCGACGGCGUUUUUGAUGGGAGGUUACAACUUCAACCCGGACAAGGAUAUUCCGGAUUUGACUGGGAAGGUCAUCAUAGUUACGGGCGGAAAUGCCGGCCUCGGCUUGGAGACGAUUCGGCAAAUCUCGAAACAUAACCCCGCGCACAUUUACCUGGCGGGUCGCUCAAAGGAAAGGGGCGAGAAGGCCAUUGAGGAGCUGAAGGGAGGAGCCAGCGUGUCGCCCAUCUCGUAUCUGCCCCUGGACCUCUCAUCAUUCGAGAGCGUAAAGGCCGCCGCUAAGCAGUUCAAAGAGGAGUCUCAGCGCCUUGACCUGCUAAUUAACAAUGCCGGCAUCAUGUCCACGCCCGACGGCCUCACCAAGGAGGGUUAUGAAAUCCAGUUCGGCACCAACCACAUGGGCCACGCCCUCUUCACCCAGCUCCUCCUUCCCGUCAUGAAGAAGACUGCGAACGAGAACCCAGACGUGAGAAUUGUCUUCCUCUCGUCCGGCGCUGAGGGCUGGGCGCCCAAGGGCACGUACGAAUUCGACAAGCUCAAGACCAAAAUGCCCGAGAUCGCAAGCCGCUACCGCUACGGCAUCUCCAAGGUGGCCAACAUCCACUACGCCGCGGCGCUCGCCGAGCGCAACCCCGAGCUCAAGGUCACGAGCAUCCACCCAGGCGUCGUGGAGACCAACCUCGCCCAGUCCAUCAUGAACAACUCCAACUUCCUCGUCGGCAUGGUCGUGUACCUCGGCGUCAAGGUCGUAGCGGUGAGUCCGCAGAAGGGCGCGCUCAACCAGCUCUGGGCCUCGUUCAGCCCGGAUGUGAAGAGCGGGACGUUCUACCACCCGGUGGGCGUGACCGGUAAAGGUACCCGAUUGAGCGAGAACAAGGAGAAGCGGGAUGCGUUGUGGAAUUGGACCGAAGAAGAGCUACGGAGCCAUCUAUAG